AACACUUCAAGCCGUAAUUCAACUGCAAGUCAGCCUAGAGGAAGAAGGGGAAAACAACGAAUGCCAUAUCCGUUUUGUACGUUUUUGAGUUAUUGAAUUUCUGCAAAGGACUACAAAAUGAGGACAAUCAUGAUGGUCGCGGAAAAACCUUCCCUGGCUCAGUCAAUUUCCAAGAUUCUUUCCAAAGGAAGUUGCACAAGCCGAAAGGGGCUCAAUGGAUCGUGCUGGGUCCAUGAAUACAACGGUGUCUUCCAUGGACAAACUGCACACUAUAAGAUGACUUCAGUUUGUGGACAUGUGAUGAGCUUGGAUUUCAUUGGUAAAUACAACAACUGGGAUCAGGUGGACCCAGCAGAACUCUUCAGCAAAGCGCCGACAGAAAAAAAGGAGGUCAACCCUAAACUCAGCAUGGUGAAAUUCCUGCAAGUUGAAGCCAGAGGAUGUGACUUCUUGGUGUUAUGGUUGGACUGUGAUAAAGAAGGCGAGAACAUCUGUUUUGAGGUUAUUGAUGCUGUACAACCUGUCAUGAAAGGAGGUGUCAGGGAGAAGACUAUUUACCGUGCCAGAUUCAGCUCCAUUACUGAACCUGAUAUCUGGAAAGCUAUGAAUCAACUUGGAGAGCCAAACCACAAUGAAUCACUUUCUGUGGAUGCACGGCAAGAACUGGAUCUACGGAUUGGCUGCGCGUUUACUCGGUUCCAAACCAAAUAUUUCCAGGGAAAAUAUGGAAAUCUGGACUCUUCUUUGAUAUCAUUUGGACCUUGCCAGACCCCAACUCUAGGGUUUUGUGUGGAACGUCAUGAUAAAAUCCAGUCCUUCAAACCAGAGAACUACUGGGUUAUACAUGUAAAGGUCUUCAGGGCGAAGGAAAACCCACUGACCCUUGAUUGGAACAGAGUUAAAGUCUUUGACAAAGAUGUGGGCCAGAUGUUUGUCAACCUGACCAAGACAUCCAAGGAAGCCCAGGUUGAGUCGGUGACCAAGAAGGAGAAGAGUAAGCAGAGACCCCAGGCUUUAAACACAGUAGAGAUGUUGAGAGUGGCAAGCUCUGCCUUGGGUAUAGGUCCUCAGUAUACUAUGCAGAUUGCUGAGCGCUUAUACACACAGGGAUUCAUAAGCUAUCCUCGAACUGAAACAUCUCACUAUCCAGAAAGCUUCGACCUGAAGGGAACACUGAAGCAGCAGACCAACUGUCCUUUUUGGUCAGAGGAGGUGAAAACUCUCCUUUCAAACGGAAUAAAUCAUCCCAGGAAUGGAGUUGAUGCUGGGGACCAUCCACCUAUUACCCCCACUCGUGCAGCCUCAGAAGAAGAACUGGGAAGUGAUGGCUGGCGCCUCUAUGAGUACAUCACAAGACAUUUCAUUGCCACUGUCAGUCAGGACUGCAAAUACCUACAGACAACCAUUACCUUCAACAUUGGCACUGAAACGUUCACAUGUAGUGGCAAAACCCCAAUAUCAUCAGGUUACACAGCUGUGAUGCCAUGGCAGGGUAUCCCUCUCGAAGAAGCCCUACCUGUCUGUCAGAAGGGAGACAUGUUUACAGUAGAUGAGAUUAAGCUGGUGGAAAAGCAGACAAUCCCUCCAGACUUCUUGACUGAGGCUGAACUUAUCACUCUAAUGGAGAAACAUGGUGUUGGCACUGAUGCUAGCAUCCCUGUCCACAUUAACAACAUCUGCCAAAGGAACUAUGUGACAGUAGAGAAUGGACGCAAGUUAAAGCCAACCAACCUGGGCAUAGUGCUUGUGCACGGCUACUACAAGAUUGAUGCAGAACUGGUACUCCCCACCAUCCGCAGUGCUGUUGAAAAGCAACUUAAUUUAAUAGCACUUGGAAAGGCCAACUUCCAGCAAGUACUCCAGCAUACAUUGGACAUUUUCAAGAGGAAGUUUCACUUUUUUGUGGACUGUGUCUCUGGUAUGGAUCAAUUAAUGGAAGUCUCUUUUUCGCCAAUUGCUGCUGCAGGAAAACCAUUAUCUCGUUGUGGCAAGUGCCACCGGUUCAUGAAAUUAAUCCAGGCCAAACCUAGUCGACUCCACUGCUCCCACUGUGAUGAAACAUAUAGUCUUCCCCAGAAUGGAGCCAUCAAGUUGUACAAGGAGCUUCGCUGUCCACUGGAUGACUUUGAGCUAGUGCUUUGGACCUCUGGGGCCCGAGGCAAAAGUUACCCAUUGUGCCCCUACUGUUUCAGCAAACCGCCUUUCAGGGACAUGAAAAAAAAUGUAGGAUGCAAUGAAUGUACCCAUCCUUCCUGCCAGCACUCUCUCAAUGCUUUGGGUAUUGGACAGUGUGUGGAGUGUGACAGUGGAGUUUUGGUACUGGAUCCCACCUCUGGGCCGAAAUGGAAGAUGUCCUGUAAUAGGUGCAAUGUAGUUGUUCAUUUCUUUGAAAAUGCACAUCGCGUACAGGUUGCUGAAGAUAUUUGCAAUGCAUGUGAUGCUUCCAUGGUAAUGGUAGACUUCAGUAAGACCUGCAACCCACUUCCUGCGGAUGAGACCCAACACACCGGCUGUAUUUUUUGUGAUCCAAUCUUCCAGGAUCUUGUAGAAAUUAAACAUGCUACUAUGAGGCACCCAAUGCACCGAGGUAAAGGUGCAAGAAGAGGGCGCGGGCGAGGAAGGGGACGCCGUGGACCCCCUAGAAAGCCCAAAGACAAAAUGGAUGAAUUAGCAGCAUACUUUGUAUAGUAUAUUACUUUUGCAGAGCUCACUAUUUGCUAUGGCUCUUAGUACACAUUCUAUACUGUAAGUCCAUAGUAAGUCUAUACAGUAUAUUUUGAUAAUUGUUUUUUGUUUGGUUAGUUAAUUAUGUAGUUCAGUAUUUCUCUGUUUUGUUUUGUUAUCAAUAUGUUCUUGUGUACUGCCAUUGUCAGGUCAUUGCAACAUGAACAUGCAGACAUGUCAAUGAUCCAAUUAAAUAGAACAAGCGUCAUUAAUCUUCAGCUGUCAAAGAGUCCAUGUUAUGUAUGCUGUAUAAUAAAUGUGAUGUAAAAUGUUUUUUGCAUGGUACAUUGGGGUAAAUAAUACCUGUGUGAAGUUGGCCCCCCACCUUGUCCAAAUCUCCCCAAACUAGUCCCAAUCGUUUGUGCCCUUUACGGUUUUACCGCCCCAAAUCAAACCAAACUUGUUCUAUUCGUUUGUGGUGCAAACAUUCCUGGUCAAACUAUUAUCAUUUUUAAUUUAUUAACAUUCAUGCCCAGCCCCCAACUUGUCAAAACCUCCCCAAACCAAGUCCAAUCAUUUGUGCUGCAAAAAACAUUUGUCUAACUAUUAUAGUUUUUGAGUAAUUAACCUUUUAGUCUUUUAUCUAAAUAAUGUGUUGUUAAUCAUAAAUACACCACAACUAUGUCAAAAUCUCCCUAAACGUGUCCCAUUUGUUUGUGCUUUGUUUGUGCUGCAAACAUGUUUGGCCUAUAUUAUAAUGUUUAGGUUAUUAAUAUUUUGUGAUUCACCUGUGUGGAGGCCCUUGUCCAAAUGUCCCCAAACUUGUCCCAAUCGUUUGUGCUUCGUUUGUCUGCAAACAUUUUCGUUUGCACAUUUACAGUUUUUAAGUUAAGUCAUUAACGUUUUAUGUUAUUAAUGUGUAAUUAACGUGUUUUUAAUCAUUACUAUGCCCCAUCUAUGUCAAAAUCUCCCCAAAUGUGUCUUUGUUUGUGCUUGUUUUUGUUGCAAGCAUGUUUGAUUUAUUACAAUUUUCAACAUUAAUGGUGCCUUCACAGAUGUGUAAGUUACCCAUGCCUUGGACACUAAUACACCCCCACUUUUCCUCUUUGGUCCGGAGGACACAACGUCCACAGUUUCUAAACACAAUUUGAAAUGUGGACUCGUCAGACCACAGAACACUUUUCCACUUUGCAUCAGUCCAUCUUAGAUGAGCUCAGGCCAAGCGAAGCCGGCGGCGUUUCUGGGUGUUGUUGAUAAAUGGCUUUUGCUUUGCAUAGUAUAGUUUUAACUUGCACUUACAGAUGUAGCGAUGAACUGUAGUUACUGACAGUGGUUUUCUGAAGUGUUCCUGACCCCAUGUGGUGAUAUCCUUUACACACUGAUGUCAGUGUUUGAUGCAGUACCGCCUGAGGUAUCGAAGGUCACGGGCAUUCGCUGUUGGUUUUUGGAGAUUUCUCCAUAUUCUCUGAACCUUUUGAUGAUAUUAUGGACCGUAGAUGGUGAAAUCCUGAAAUUCCUUGCAAUAGCUUGUUGAGAAAUGUUGUUCUUAAACUGUUAGACAAUUUGCUCACGCAUUUGUUCACAAAGUGGUGACCCUCGCCCCAUCCUUGGCUACCCCAUCACUGUGCUGAUUUUGUUAAGUUAACUCCGUGGAGAAACCUUUGUUGGCACACACAGAGGUCAGACAUUUCUCGUUGUUGGUCACCAGAGACCUCAGGAGGGAUUUUGGUCCACUCCUCUUUACAGUCUAAAGUCCAAAAAAUGUUCGAAGAGUGGCUAGGACAUUUCAAAUGGCCUCAUUUAUCAAAUGUGCGCCUGAGGAUGCGCAAGUUUUUCCUAUGCUGUGAGCUCGAUUGAAUCGUAUCUGCAUGAACGAACACAAUCUGUAUCAGUUAACUGCAGAUCUGACUCUAACCUCCGGAGUCCCUCAGGGGUCAAUUUAGGCCCCCUUUUAUUUAGCCUCUAUAUUAAUGAUUUGCCCCUGUUUGUCCUAAAGCUGAAUGCUUAAUGUCUGCAGACGACACGGUUUUCUUUGUUCAUGGUCACACCAAAGACAUUGUUGCUGCUAAACUCACUAAAACAAUGUCCGAUGUUACAACUUGGUUGCAGGAGUGCUGUCUGCAGCUAAACAUUUCUAAAACUGUAGGCAUGUAUGUAACUAAAACAAAAAAAGUAUCAUCUGACCCCGACAUACAUAUUAAUGGAGAAAGAAUACAAAUUCUCAGCCAAUAUAAACAUAUUGGGUUAAUAAUAGAUUCAGAGCUUUCCUUUAAAGCACAUAGGCAAAUCGUGUAAAAUAGUCAAGUUUAAUCUCGCAAAUGUUUGUGCAAUUCGAAAUGAAAUGUUAACUGAAGCUGCGAAAUUGUAUUUGCAUUCGAUGAUUUUUAGCCACUACAACUAUUGCCUUACCAGCUGGUCUCAGGCUGGUCAGAGUUAAAAAAACAACAAAAAAAACCCUUUGGAAAUAUUGUACAAACAAGCAAUUAAAGUUAUGGAUAAAAAACCUAGGCACUAUCAUCACUGUGCCAUUCUAAAAAAUAAAAAAAAUACAGUAUUUUAAACUGGGACAGUCUUCACACAUUUGCAGACUUAAAACUGACCUAUAAAGUACUGCAUGAAUUGGCUCCAGAUCCUCUGGCAGAUUUCAUCAGCCAAAGAAACAGCCGUGAGCGUGUCACUUUAGACUCUGUCAGAGGUGACUGUUAUAUUCCUCUGCGCAGGAGCACUUUCAGUAAGUCUGCAUGGUCAAUAAGGAGUGCAAAUGUGUGGAACACAGUACAUGAGGAGGUUAAACUGGUCAUAACUUACAAGGCCUUCACAAAAAAAUUGAAAAUGUGGCUUAUCAACACCUACAGUUGCCAGCACUAAAAGAUGAGCCUGUGUUGAUGCUAAGAUAAAUGUUAUGUCGUGAUGUUGUAUUUUAUUUUUUAUCAUAUCAUAUAUGUAUUGUGUGCUUUUUUUCUUUUUCUCUCUCUUUCUUUUCAUUUUUUUAAAAAUGGUAAUUUUACUGCCUUUUUUACAUCAUGGGGAGCUACAGAUGAAAACUAGCCAUCUGGCUAUUUCUGGCUUUUUUAACCAUGUGUCCCAUUUGAAAUAAACUAAUCUUAAUUCGUAUUCUCCCAUCCAGCCCUGGACAAGUGAGGCACAAUUGCUUAAGUCGUGAAUGAAGGCAGGCUCAUUUGUAACGCGUCAGCCUUUUCUUGGCUGUGUAAAAAAUCAUAAAAUUGAGUUUUCGUAGCAUUUGUGAAUGUAAAUAAAAUCUGUGAAAAAUAUUACAUUUUAAAGGGCCGAAUCAUCCAGGCCACACAGAUGUGUCGUCAUG